AAAGUAAAUGGGUUGUGUUGUUGUCCUGGAGAUUUGGACACUUACAAAAAAGAAAUAAAGGAGCUACUUAGGAUGGCUUGGCCAAUGGCUUUGACGCAAUUCUUGAUGUUUUUGCCAAUGUUUGUGAGUCAAAGUUUUUGUGGACAUUUAGGAAAGGAAUCAAUGGACGGCGUUGCUCUUGCUUCCACAAUUAUUAACGUGACUGGAAUGUGUGUGAUAACGGGUUUGUCUUCAGCGGCUGAUACUUUAUUUUCACAGACUUAUGGGAGUGGAAACAAGGAGGAAGUUGGUGUUAUUUUACAAAAAGGUAUAUGGAUCCUGUUGCUGGCUUGUUUGCCUUGUUGGGCGUUGUUUUUGAAUACUGGUCUAAUUCUUCAAUCAUUUGGAAUGGAUAGCGUUGUAUCAAGUAUUGCAGGAGGGUAUGCAACGCUAUUCAUUUCUGGGCUACCGGGCUAUGGAUUGACUUUAUUACUGUCCAAACUUUUGCAAGUACAGGCUAUUGUUAUACCAAGUCUCUCUAUUGGUGUUAUGAUAAAUGCAAUGAAUAUAGGAUUUCAUUUUUUGUUUAUCAACGCCAUAGGAUUAGAAACCAGAGGAGCGGCUCUUGCAACCUCUUUAACUCAUUGGUCCUCGGCUUUAUUGCACGUGUUGUUUAUCAUAUGUGGGGGAUACUACAAGACUACAUGGAAAGGUUGGAGUAGAGAGAGCUUAUAUGGUUGGGGUGACUUUAUAAAGUUGGCCAUUCCUGGAUUAUUCAUGUUGUGUUUGGAAUUCUGGGGCCUUGAAAUCCUUAUUCUCAUGAGUGGUUUCUUGGGUAAAGCCGAUUUAGCAGCAAAUACAAUAAUUUAUGUUGUCGGAGGUCUGGCAUAUAUGAUCGUGUUCGGGAUGUCAGUCGCGGGAGGAAUCCGUGUGGGACUCUACUUAGGGGCAGGGGAUUCCAAAAUGGCGCAAGUAGCUUCAAGGGUAGCCUUAAGCUGUGGGUCGUGUUUUGCCGUCUUUAUUGCCGUUUUAUUUGCCUGUCUUAAAGACUAUAUCCCUCGAAUCUUCACAGAUGAUCAGGAUGUUUUAGAGUUAGCGUCACCUCUGAUGCUCCAGCUUGCAUUAUACAAAGUUUCUGAUACCAUACAGGCAACAAGUGGUGGAUUGUUGCGCGGAAUAGGUCUUCAAGCUUUUGGAGCUAUUUUCAAUUUUGUGGGAUACUACAUCAUAUCAUUACCUAUAUCGUUAUCGUUGAUGAUGGCUACUUAUCUUCGAGUUGCAGGUGCAUACUGGGGGAUGAUCAUAGGAUCAUUUAUAGUCUGUGUGAUAUACUGUGUCAGAAUUUUCACACUUGACUGGGAGAAGGAGACCAGCAAGGCAUUGAAGAGAGCUGGAAUUGAAGAUGCAAACAGAGACACAGAAAUCAUAAUUAAAUCAUUAGAUGAAAAACAACCAAUACAAAUGACAGAUGUAGAUUCAAACGACGGGAGUAAGUGUUACAAUUCCAUUGAUGACUUUAUCCAGAGUGGGGAAAAAACAAAUAAAAUGGACAAUUUACCAUUAAAUCAAAAAAGUAUUUUAUGUAAAAUAAUCAUUUUGAUAUCAUUUCUGUUAAUACUGGCUGGUUGUGUUUGUGUAAGAAUAUUUGUUCAUGUUUGA